UUUUGCCAUGUGACCACGCUCCAUCGCCCUACCGUUUCCCUUUUCGCAGUGUCACAGAGGUAACAGGGAAAAUACCUUUUAUUUUCAAACCGCCCGCACACAACAACCCCAGUGGCUCUUAAAUUAAAACCCGGGGUGCACCAAGACAGGUUUUAUUGUGUGCUUGUCUUUUUAUUUUUCUUCAAAGUGAGACAAAUAUCAAGACACCGGCAGGCCUCAGUGGACGGUGUAAGCAUCAGUUGUCACCCCACGGUCGUGUGGUUGCACGACAGCGAGGAGAGCGUUAUGAACCGGCCCACUGAUAGCUUCUCCGGCUAAUCGCUCCGGAAGGAUAUGACGGUUCGCUGAUUCUGGGUUUAACGACGAAUAUUGUUGACGAUGAAUUAAGUAUUUUGGAUGUCAAUAUUGAAGCUGACCUCUCAGAAUGAACGGCACCCAGCAGAGUGACACCAAGAGACAACACCACCUGGAGAGGUUGCUGGAUGCUGUUAAACAGUGCCAAAUCCGCUUCGGGGGCAGAAAAGAGAUCGCUUCGGACUCAGACAGCCGGGUGAUCUGUCUGUGUGCCCAGUUUGAGACGGUGUUUCAGCAUGGCCUGAGGAAGACCAGCGGGCUGGCGCUCACGGCCGCGGCACUCAAACAGGUGGCUGGGUUCGCCAACAAGACAGAAACGGAGCUGACCUUCUGGUUCUAUGUGAAGGAGCACCUGAACCGCCAUGAGCUGCAGCGGUUCUACGCUCUGCGCCACAUCUCGUCGGAGCUGGGUCGCGGCCGGGCCUGGCUGCGCUGCGCCCUCAACGAACACUCGCUGGAGCGCUACCUGCACACGCUGCUCGCCGACCGCCGCCGCCUCGGAACAUUCUAUGAAGACUGGGCCUUCGUCCUAGAUGAAGAGCGGGCCAGCAUGCUCCCAACCAUGGCAGCCGGCCUCAACUCCAUCCUGUUUGCCAUCAACAUCGACAACAGCGACCUGAACGGCGGCGGGGCGGCCGCCACGCGGGGGCCGGGCGGCGGCCCCGCCUCCUCGGUGUCCCACCUCCUCAAGGAGUCCACGCAGGGCAUCGGCAGCCUGUGGAAGGAGUCCACCCAGGGCGUGAGCAGCCUGCUGCGGGAGAUCGGCACCGUCACCACCAGCGCCGCCGCCGGCGUGGUGCCCGGGUUCACGCUGCGGGCCGACGCCUCGGACCCGCUGCCCGUGGUGCCCCGCAGCGCCUCCGCCGACUCGGGCCUGCGGCGGGAGCGCCGUCGGAGGAAGAAGGUCACCAACAUCAUCUCCUUCGACGACGACCUGGGCGGGGACGGGGCGGGGGACGAAGAGGAGGGUGGGGGCGAGGAUGAGGAGGACCGCCCCCGCCGGCCCCCCGCCAUGAGGAAGAGCCACACGGCGCCCGCGGCGGCCCCCGACGCCCCCGUCACCCAGGCCAGCGUGGAGGAGGAGGCGGAGGAGGAGGCGGGGGAGGGGGUGGGGGAGGAGAGGGCGGACCCCGUGCUGGAGCCCGCCUUCUCCCUGGCCUUCCCGCCUCUGCAGAACGGGCUGGGGGAGCCGCAGGAGGCGCUCAGCUGGGUGGGCUCCCCGAGGGCCCUGCGUUCGCCCCCCUCGGCCGCCCCGCCCCCGAGCCCUCCCCCGGUGCCCCCCCCGCCCCAACUGCCGGACAGGAAGAGCAUCGACAACGACGAGGAAGAGGAGGAGGAGGAGGAUGAAGAGGAUGUUUACAAACCCAGAGCGCCGACCCAGGGAGAGGUGCCGGCGGCCUCCGAUCGGGUGGUGGUGGGAAGUCUGUCCAGUGUCUCAACGUGGAGCCCCCUGCAGGUGAUGACUGAGCACUGCAGCUCAGACAUCCUUAUCCCAGUGACCCUAGCAGACCGACAGCCAGUGAACUCUAUGGAGGAUGCCAUGGCUUACCCUGGCCGCCGUGACUCCACAGAACCCGAAGGCCCCUGUGAGAGAAGCAGGACCCAGCUCCAGUUCACGAUGGAGUCUAGUCCACCUACCCAGGCCGCUCCCCUCUCCACCAUACUGCCAACCCCUGGACUUCCUGAAACCAUGACCCUGGUGGAGCUCCGCCAGGCCAUCGUAGCCCUGAUGAACAGGAAGGAUGAACUGGAUGAACUCAACACGUCUCUGCGCAGCCUGCUGGACGGGGAGAUGGAGCACUCGGCGGUGCAGAGGCAGGAGACGGACUCCCUGCAGAGGAAGCUGACGGAGCUGGAGGAGCGGCACGCGGCCAGGGUGCAGGCGCUCGGCAGAGAGAACGAGGUCCUCAAGGUGCAGUUGAAGAAGUACGUGGGUGCGGUUCAGAUGCUGAAGAGAGAGGGGAGCCAAGCCAACGACGCCCUGCCGAUCCUGGGGUCCAGUGAGGUCCAGGCUCCCGCCCCUCAGACCAAGUCCAUGGAGGACAUUGAGGAGCUAGCUGCGAGCUACGAGCGGAAACUCAUCGAGGAUUUUUUUCCACAAAAUGUUGCAGUUUUUGGGCUUUCGGUGAGGUGUCUGACGAAGUGAGUCGCCAAACCAAACUUUCCUGGCUAAAGAUGGAUGAGGACAAGGACGGAGUUUAAGGCAGAAAGUUUCACUUCUAAAAGUUCUUCAAAGAUCUUCUUCAGAUCUUUGGUGAAAACAAAAGUAAACCGCUUAGUUUUCUAAGCAGAAUUGAAUCAGCACAGAAGUGAUUCGUCUUAUCGCCUCGAAGCAGAAAUACCCCCCGAAACGACUGCUGUGAUUUUAGAUUGAUAUUCAACGUUAAAUGUUUGUAACCUUUGCAUAACAGAAUUACCCCUUGAAAGGAGGACAGAUUUCAUGGAUUACUGUUUGAGUAAAGACUGGACCUUCGGCCAUAUUUCACACUCUUAGUUUCUCUGAGUGUUUCACAAACUAUGUAGACAUUAGAAAUCAACGGCUUUGAAUGUUGAGCUGUUGUGCGUUUUACCUACGGAAGUCAAGGGGACGGUCUUAAAAGUGCAUGCAGCAAUUUCUACAACUUUGGUAAUUGUGUUUAGAAGCACUCCCUUUCAUUUUGACGUGUCAAUAUAUUAAACAAUGAUUAAAGCACAAAGUGUUUUAAUUUAAA